GUUGUAUGUGUCACCAUGAAACACCAGUCUAUCUCCCGAUGGCUGAGCCAGCUGGGACUGCCACAGUACUGCACAGCGCUGGAGCAGGAAUAUGAUGGUGUAGAGGACCUGCUUCACAUCUCAGAAUAUGACCUUUUGGAGCUUGGAGUCCACAAUCACCUCCACCGUCUGCACCUUCUUACUUCUCUACGCCUCCUGCAGGAGCGGGAGAGGAGGAGAGAGCUUAGGAUGAUGGCAGAAGGGCGGUUUGCCAGUCUUCCCCGGUCCCUCCAUACACACCACACCCUAGCUGGAGGCCCGGCCCACCCUGGAGUACCCAGCAGCUCCCUGGGUGCCCCCAGCAGCAGCACCUGCUCCUCCAGGAGGCUCCAGGCCUCCAUCACCUCCUCCAUGGACCUCCUCACCUCUAGACCUGGUCUGCCUCCAGGGCAGGGCGGCAGUCUAUCAGAGAUGCCCUCUACCGCCUACCAGCCAAUCUCCAUUCAUGGAACUCUGCCUCGACGCAAGAGAGGAGGUGUCAACCUCCCCCAUGGAAGCUAUACUUGGGACCCGAAAACCAAUCACACUCAGCCGUUACUUUGCGGGAACACAUUGCUGGCUCCUGGACACAUCCACAAACCCAUGCCCUCCUCACUGGUCCAAAAUGUCAUUGAUGACUUCCAUGGUUACAGGGAGCCAGCUGCCGGCCUGGACGCCACAGUGGACUAUGUUAAGUUCUCCAGAGAUCAGUUCAUCCUGGACUGUCCCUCAGAGAAACUUCGCAGAGAGCUCGAGGAAGAGCUGAAGAUGAACUGUGAGGAGCCGAGGAGCCAUGCAUGGUACCACGGGGCAAUUCCCAGACAGGUUGCAGAAAAGUUGGUGCAGCGUGAUGGAGAUUUCUUGAUCCGUGAUUCAAUGUCCAGUCCAGGAAGUUACGUUCUGACCUGCCAGUGGCGAAAUGCUGCUCAGCACUUUAAAAUCAACAAGAAGGUAGUGAUGCUGAAUGAAGCUUACUCCAGAGUAGAGUACCGACUAGAAAGAGAAGGGUUCGACAGUGUUCCUGCACUCAUUAGAUACUAUGUUGGCAACAGAAAACCUGUCUCACAGGUGGUAGGGGCCAUCAUCUUCCAGCCAAUCAACAGAGGGCUGCCGCUGCGCUGCUUGGAAGAAAACUACAGAACGUCAGGAAACCAACGAGAGGCUGGGCUGAUGGCGCAGGAGAGGCGGAGUCAGAAACGUCUUAGCCUCAACAUCACCAACGGACACACAAACGACAACACACACACCGUGCAUGAGAGCACACACUCCCAGGACAACGGCUUGAUCCGAGGCAACCAGCUCAGGUUGAAGGAUCGCUGUGGAAGCCAACCAGCAAGUCUCAAUCAAGUCCAAGAGAGGCGACGCCCACUCAAGGCGCACCAAUCAGAGAGUUUCUUACCUCUUGGAUCCAAGCCACAGUCCCAGCAGUCCCCCGAAGCUCUUCUUCCCAGCCCCAACCCCAAGUCUCCAGUGUUUCGGACAGGAAGUGAACCAGUGCUGAGCCCCUCUGUUCCACGGAGACCAGCAGAGCUUCUAGCAGGCCAGGCGAUCCGAGGCUCAGACAGCCAGCUGUGUCCCAAACCGCCUCCCAAACCCAGCAAAGUGCCCCUGGCUCGACUGGCUCGCUCCCCCUGCCUUCAGCCCCCGGUUCCCCUCUCCAGCUCCUCCAGCCUCACAGACACCUCCACCACCUCCCCCAACCUCACUACACCUCCUCUGGACUCCACAUGUCUGGAAACUGCUGGUUCUUCUUGGAGGAGUGGAGCUACCACAGGUCCUCCUGUUCCUCCAGUGAAACCUCUAAAGUUCCAACAUCAGCUCCUCCCUGCAGACGCCCACAGCUCCUCCGGUUGUGGAGUUUCACCUGCUAAAGACGUUCAGUAUCCUGAUCCAGAGGUGGUAGUAGGACGGACUGACCGGCUGCAGCCGAGUCCUACAGACCUGAGGUCCUGCAGCCCGCUGGAGUGGGAGCAACCAAAGUCUUCAAACCUCAUCUCAGACCACAACCUUGACCUUCAGCUGCCGCUCUGCAGCUACGUGGAGAGGCUGAAGAGAGAGGGGGAGAGGGGGAGAGAGGAGGACAGGGAGGAGGAGGAGGGAGGACGAAGAGGACUAGACAGAAGCUCCUACCAUCACGCCAUCGCAGCCUUAGAAAACACCAGCGAGGAAGAGGAGGAGGAUGCAGGGAGGGAGGAGGAAGAGGAUAACAGCAGGGAUUUGAAGAGGAGUAGUUUUCAACGGCCGAUUGUAGAGACGGAGUCGACGUUCAGGCCGGCAGACUUCGGAUCUCGGCUUCUGCCACCAGAAAACAAACCGCUGGAGAUGGUGGUUCUGAAGAGAUCGAAGGAGCUGCUGCUCAGCCACAAUCACCACAGUAUCGCCAGACACCUGCUGAUGGCCGACUGCCAGGUUGCGAGGAUACUUGGAGUGACUCCAGAGCUUAAAGGUCAGAUGGGCGUGUCGUCUGGUCUGGAGCUGGUGACUCUGCCGCACGGACGACAGCUGAGGCUGGACCUGAUGGAAAGGCACCACACCAUGGCGAUCGGCGUUGCUGUGGAUAUCCUGGGAUGUACCGGCAGCGUUGAGGAGCGAGCGUCCACCUUAAAUCGCAUCAUCCUCGUUGCGAUGGAGCUGAAGGACACCGUGGGAGAUCUGUUCGCUUUCACAGCUCUGAUGAAAGCUCUGGACCUGCAACAGAUCAGCCGUUUGGAGGAAACAUGGACGACUCUACGGAGGAACUUCACCCAAACCGCCAUCAACUACGAGAAAAUACUGAAACCGUUCUACAAGAAUCUGUAUGAAGGCUCAGCCUCCUCCCCUCCGGUGGUCUGCGUCCCCCUCCUGCUGCCCCUCCUCACCUUGAUGGAGCGUCCGUCAAUCACGCCUGAGGGGGCGGAGCUCUGGGAGACCAGUGACCAGGGCUGUGACAUCAUGCUGCGCCACCUGGAGGCGGCACGCGACGUCGCUCACAACGCAAAGAGCUACACAGACAACGCACGGGCCAUCUUAGAAGGGUUUCAGUGCGACGACGACCUGCUGGAAGUGUUUAAGACGGACUUUCAGCUGCGGCUGCUGUGGGGAAGCCGUGGAGCUGCGGUCAACCAAUCAGAUCGCUACAACAAAUUCAACCUCAUUCUUACUGCGUUGUCACGGAAACUGGAGCCCCCACCUAAAACACAAACCUUAAUCUGACUUUAUCAAAGCAAACACAUACAGGACGCACUUUUUACACGAAAAGUAACAUCAGGUGGAUCAGAGAGCAGCUGUGAAUGGAAAGAGAGAAGAAAACUCUAAGGAGGCAGGAAGUUACACACAGAUCAACAUCAAACACACCAUCUCCUGCAGCAGAAGUCACUGAACGCACCACGAGGAAAAAACCAGCAGCUCAAGAAAACUCUCCAGAACUGAGACAGCAACAUCCAGUCUGAUGUUCAGCUUCAUGUGGAUGUUCUCUGACACAAAGAGAGCUGCAGCCACUUCACAGUCUGAUAACUCUGAUCCUUUAGUAUUUACAGCAUCUGUUGAAAGAGAAAUCUGUCUCUUUUUGUUCUGUGUUUUCAGUUUAACUCCAGUCCUGGCCUCACUGUCAGCUCAGUUUCAUUCAUAAAGUCAAAUAUCACUAAGUUAGCCGACAGUCUGAGAACAGAAGGAAACAUAAAAACCCUGAGGAUGAGCAACAUGAUGAACGGACAUGGAGAAGAUACCGUCUGUAGCUAGAUCAGCUGUUUCAUAGCGAUCUACAGAAACCUGCAGAAACAAGACACACCUACAGUCAGCAUUGAUCUCAAACAGAGAAGGCAGACAUCCAGGAAAUCCACAACAUCUCAGCACUGUUUGCUCAUUAUGCACCACCUCCUCAUAGAAUAAACAAUCAAUCUUACACAUGUAGGCACAGGAAGUACAUCAGGACGUGUUCGAACCAUAAUUCACUUUAAAUGAAAUGACUUCAUAUGAUGGUUGUUUAACUUUUUAAGAUGAUUUAGGUUUAAAAGGUUUUUAUGAGUCUAAUGUGGGACACUGGUUGGUCUCUGAGGGGCUGUUUGCAGUUGACUGUGACAAGUAUGCUCUUAAUUUCUAUCAUGUUAGUUUUACUCCAAGGUUUAUGUUCCUAAGAUCAGGAGACACAAGUCACAAAUUCCUGUCAACAAAUCAAAAAAUAACGGUUUUAAACUAGCCUCUACUGUUGAAAUGGAGUGAGAGGUAAAUGUGAGAACAGAGACUAAAGACAUUCGUUGACACAUUGCUGCUGCUUCCUUUCUUUAUAGACAUCGUAGUUUAUUGAUAUUUCUUUUGUCAAGGCAAGGCAAGCAAAAAGACUGUAAAUAGCUUCUGUGAUUAGUGACUACGACAGUAAGAGUCAAGUAACAGGAGGUUAUUUUAAAGAUCUAUGUGUGACGUUUGAUACAAAAGCACUCGUUUAGUUUGCUGCUGGAUUAUCAAGCAGUUCAGAUAAAUAACAAAUAUAUAUACACGACUGUUCAAAAGUUUGGGGUCACCAUGACAUUUCAUGUUUUCCAUGAAAACUCACCAUUAGCUAACACAAUGUAGCAUUAGAACACAGGAGUGAUGGUUGCUGGAAAUGUUCCUCUGUACCCCUAUGGAGAUAUUCCAUUAAAAAUCAGCCUUUUCCAGCUAGAAUAGUCAUUUAGCACAUUAACAAUGUCUAGACUGUAUUUAUGAAUCAUUUAAUGUUAUCUUCAGUGAAAAAAAAAAGCUUUUCUCCCAAAUUAAGGACAUUUCUCUGUGACUCCAAACUUUUGAACAAUAGUCUACAUCAGGGGUGUCAAACUCAGUUCCUGGAGGGCCACUAUCCUGCAUGUUUUAGAUGUUUCCCUCUUCCAACACACCUGAUUCAAAUGAUCAGGCUUAUUAUCAGGCUUCUGCUGAGCUUGAUGAUAAGCUGAUCAUUUGAAUCAGGUGUGUUGGAAGAGGGAAACAUCUAAAACAUGCAGGAUAGUGGCCCUCCAGGAACUGAGUUUGACACCCCUGGUCUACAUAUUUUUUUAAUUUUAACAGCAAGCCAUUUUUCUUUAAAUCAGCAGAUGAUUCACAAAGUCCACAGUAAAUACAGUUUUACUACAUUUUGACAGGAGUAGAGAAUCUGAUCCAAACUUUCUGUCCAUGUGAAUACGUAGCGACAAGCGUCUGUUCUAGUAGAGAAACUCAAAAUCAGUGAAAUAUGUUAACAUGAGACUAAAGCUGUACAUAUUGAAGCAUGUUGAUAAUAGACUGUACAUACUUUCUGUAGAAGACUGUAAAAAAACAAGAUGUUGGAGAAUUUUAAUAUGUUUAUAUUAUUAUGGACUACUGUGGUAAGAUUUAAUAAAGAUGAUAUAUGAUCUGA